UAUAGGCCACCUGAUUAGUGCUUCAAAUAGCUGCAUCUUAAGACGCCUCUAAACUUACUUUUAUUUAAUAAACUAGCUUAUUUUUGUUUAGUAUUUAAAUUAUGCCUUAUUAUCAGACAUGGGAAGAGUUUGCCCGAGCGGCCGAAAAACUCUAUUUGACGGACCCGAUGAAGGUGAGAAUAGUUCUGAAAUAUCGACACUGCGAUGGAAACCUUUGUAUAAAAGUCACAGAUGAUGCUGUGUGUUUACAGUACAAGACUGAUCAGGCCCAAGAUGUAAAGAAGAUUGAGAAACUGCACAGCAAAUUGAUGAGAUUAAUGGUCUCCAAAGAGUCACACAGUGGAGCCAUGGAAACAGACUGAAUGAAUCAAAGGAGUCUGACAACUUUUACAUGACCCAGAAAUACAGGAGGAUGGAGAAUUUUGGUUGAUGUUUAUUGACUAUAUUGAGAAUAUACAACAUCAUGCUAUCUUGGAUGGAGCAAGCAGCGGGAACUUCCCACGAGAUGGAUAUUUGUGUUAUUGCUUAGGUCGGACCAAGUAAUGGUUACACUGUUGAUUUUAGUGUUCAUUAAUUUGGUCUAAAAGUGGGAUUUAACUGCGUCAACAUCAAGGGAAUACAUUUUAAUCCAGGACCUCCUUUAUUUCUUAUAAAGCAAAUGGAAAUUUAAGUCCCAGUCCUGAAGUUUGUAUAUCUAUCCAUGAUGUACAAUGUACCUAAAUAAAUGUUUUGUUGUUGAAUUA